AAUUGGGGAUCUUGUUUUCUUCUGAUUUUUACAAUUUCGGUGACGCCCACGUUUAUUUUACGUUUUAUUCGUUUUAUUUUUAUAUAAAAUCACACUGCAACUAUCAUAUUUAUUAAAGCAUAGGUACUGUGUUAACAUUAUAAAAGUGAGCUACUUUGAAACAAAGAAGUUUCGCAUUCGCAAAUUGAUCGCAAUGAAACCUGAUAACAUAAACAAUCUCUCAGAGAAACCUCGAUCAUGUGAGGACUCAACCACUGAAAACAAUUCGCUCAGCAGCGAUUCUGAUACUGAAGAUACGAGUUGGGAGGCAAACGACCAAAACAGAAACAUCCAAGGACUAAGGAAAGUUAUUAAAAAAUAUAAAACCAAAAUAAAUGAUCUGGAAAUGCGUUUGGCAAGUGAAAAAAAAGAGUCCCAUUAUAAGGACGAAUUAGUAAAGUCAUUGCGCAUGUCGAUCGAUCUGGUUGUUCAAAACAAAGACUUGAACAUAAAGCAAAUGCAAAAACAAAUUUUCGAGCUGGAAAAUGCGCUUGACUUGAGCAAGAGUCAGCUUUCAAAUAAAGAUAAGGAAUCAUCUGGCUCUGAGAAAGAAAAAAAACAUAUCAACUUUGAGGGGGAGUCCCAUAAUAACCAAAAUAACAUCAGAGAUAAAGUGCAAAUCAUAAAACUAGAGCGUAUAGUUCAUAAAAAGAAUGAACAGCUCGAAGAAUUAAAUAGGAAAACCCAAGUAUGUGAAGCCAAUCUGUCAGAGAAGGAAAAUCACAUAACCCAGCUAGAGUCGAAAAUCAAAAACCAUGAAGAGAAGAUAAACGAAUUGAAUGAAAAAUUAUCUGAGAUCACCCUAUAUAACGAAACAUGUCAAAUCCAAAGUGAAUCGCGUAUAUUUCUCAGCUGCACUAAAAUUCCAUCAGUAAAAAUGGUAACGCUUCCUGAUUUUGAGCCCUUCCUAGCAGAUUAUGAAGAUAUUCCCUGUGCUGGUUCUGGCUGGAUGGUUAUACAGCGCCGUAUCGAUGGAAAACUCUCGUUUAAACAAUAUGAAAACCACUAUCAAAACGGUUUUGGUGAUCUAGGAGGAGAAUUAUGGCUAGGCCUCGAAAAAAUGCACAGGUUGACUGCAAAUCGUAGGUAUGAACUAUGCAUCGAACUAGUCGAUUUUGACGAUGCUAGUGCCUUUGCACGAUAUGAUCACUUUGUUGUUGGAAGCAAGGAAGAGAAGUAUGCUCUGAAGUCCCUGGGUGAAUACUCUGGAAAUGCAGGCGAUGCUUUGCGGAGUCAUACAAAUAAAGCUUUUUUAUAUUCAAGUGAAUAUUAUUCAUGGUGGUACGAUACAGAUUGUAAUUUGAAUGGACAAUACCGCAAGUCCCAAGUUAUGGUGGGUAUCGCCAGUGGAAUAUGGUGGGGUCGUUGGAAUAUGGGCAAACAUAUUUCGCUCAAAUCGUGCAAAAUGCUAAUUAGGCCAAAAUUCUGAAAGCGAGGAGAAGUGGCUGUGCUAACACGUGUUUUACUUUAACUUAUUAGUUUUAAGUGCUACCAACGUAAGUUCUUGUGUUCCGUUAAAAAUCUUGAAAACAUUUUGUAAUGGAUUAAAGCUGUUUAGCCAUAAGA